AUGUAAGUUGAAGUUACAGCAGAAAACGAUGUCUCUGUGGUCCUGGGUCAAUCGGCCCAGCGAGUUGAGUAAGUUCACCAAUCCUCUCUUCGAAGCUAACAACCUUGUCAUCUGGCCUUCAGUUGCUCCACAGAGUCUUCAGCUGUGGGAAGGCAUUUUCCUACGUUGGAACAGACCCUCUAAGUAUCUGGAUGAAGCAUAUGAAGAAAUGGUUAACAUCAUUCAAUAUAACAAGGAAUUACAAGCAAAAGUCAAUAUCCUGAGGAGGCAGUUGGCCGAACUGGAAACCGAAGACGGGCUACGGGAGAGUCCCUGAAAGAUCUUCCCACUCGUCUUCAGGACCUUCCUUCCCAGGCCUGAGUUUGCCUCUGUCCUUUUGCCCUUAAGUUCACUUGUACACAGUAGCCUUGAACUUAAGGCUUUAGACGUGGGAUCCCUCUAAUGCCAUGGCUUUGUCAAUGCUGUAGGAACGAAACUCACUAAAAUCACACAUAUUUUAUGUGGCCCAAUAGGCCUUUUGCUUUGGGAGCAAGAAGGAGGUGCUAGUCAUUUCAUCAUAUGUGAUACAAGUGACUGAUUUAAUGCUCUCCUCUGUGCCCACCUUGCAAACAAUGCCCCAGACCAGUUGAGGACACAGCCUCUUUAGGGAAUAUUUGGUAAUUUUAAAAAAGGCUUUUAAGCACUCCAAUUACAGAAAUGUUUUUCAAAACUGAAAUGGUUGAUAAAACAAGAAUUCUCUGUUUAACAUCCCAGUUCCUUUAUCUUUGCCACGUAAAAACCAUUCUCUUUGAAACAGUUUUGGACUAACAAAGCUGAGUUUACUCUCAUUCUAGUUUAUCAAGAAGGGAAAUUUGGAACAGUUAUGCAAGGUAAAUUCUUUCUACAAGGGUAACAGGUAUGGUCCUCUGAUAUCUACAUUAAGAGAAGUUAAAUUUAUUUUAAGAGUGGACACUAAAAGUAUGUGCAAUAUAAUAUUGAAGUAGGAAUUGUUACUGAUAGAGAACUGUUACUGUUGAAUUGGUUUUUCAGGCCUUUGACCAUACAUAAAAAUGUGUAUCCAUGGCUGGAUGUAAAAUUAAACCAUCACUUAGAAUAGGGUUAAUUUGUUAGAAUUAAGCUACAGAUAUGGUUUCCUUAAACCAGAGAUGCACUGCCCUUGUCCAAAGUUCUUAUUGCACUGGUGUGUUUUAAGUGUUGUAAGCAUUUACUAAUACUAAGGUUGUUUCUUAUUGGCUUGAGUCAUUUGCAGAUUUAUCUUGACUAUUGAUUUGUCCAUUAUAUUAGGCAAAUACAAUUUUUAACUGGAGGGAGGAAUUUAUGAAUAUGAUGCAGCUCUGUGUUUUAAGCUUCAGAAACAGUUUUGAAAUUUCUCAGUGUUAUAGAAACAGUAGUGGCUAUAUUCAGUUUGUUUAUCCCUACAGCUCUAAAUGUUUGUACUUCUAUAUUUUCCAGGUCUGUUUCUAUCUCAUGGCACUGUUCAUUCUCAUAAAUACUGUCUCUUCUGGUUUUCCUUUAAAUGGAGAGUUGAAGAUUAUCUUUAAUAUAAUUUCCAUGGUGUCUGUAUAUAACCAUUUCAGUGUAUAGCACAACAGACUGACCCUCCUUGAGAGUUACGUAGUGAGGUCAAAACAUAACCUGAAAAUCAACUGUAGCAGAAUCUUUGGUCACAUUCAGAAACCUUAGGAAAUGGCAAGUGCUUUCUUUCUCCAGUUGCCCAAACUUCCUCUUUUUUUCUCCUUCCUCAAACUUGUAGCAAGAGACUAGGGAAUAAUCAAUAGUCCAUAUACUUUUACUAAAUUUGGCUGCCUUCUUCUCUAAGCUGUUUCAUUCUUGACUUAUUUUCUUGGUAGAAUUCAUGAAUCCUAGGACACUAAUGCCCUCAUCAAAAAAGUAGUGGAGUAUAAGAGGUAUUCUAUCUUGCUGUAGAUAUUUGUGUUCUGUGAAACGUCCAUUUUAGUUUUGAAACAGAAGACAUAGCCUACCUUUUUCAUGGCAUCUCAGAAUUGGUUACUGUGUUGGUUUGUGCAGCUGACAUUUUAUUUUCUUCUGUUUUUGUCUCAACAUAUGAAGAAGGAUCCCUUUUCUUCUUAAUUAACAGGGCCAUAAGGAAAACCAUCAAGAGAUUUUUUUUUCCCCCCUCAGUGAUUCUUUAGUUUUGAUCAGCUAUAAGGCUUCUGUGGGUGGAAACACUGAAGGGAGUUUUUAUUAUUAGGCUUGGUCAUGGAGAAAUCGGAUUCCAUCAGUUUUAUACCUGUCUUCCUGGUGAACAUUUCUUUUUCCUAUUGAGAGAGCAGUCAUCACUGUUCUGACAAGCUUGCAUUGUAGUGUUAAUUUUUAAAUAGGGAUUAUCUAAACUUCAGAUCUGCUUGCAAGCUGUAAAAACAAACUUUGGUAAUCAGUACACUUUCAAAAGGGUCAUUUAAUAACGCAAAUAUUAAGACCAUUCCCAGACUUGAGAAUUCUAUCAAAAACAAGUACAUUAUCAAAAUCAUUUAAAGAGGAGUUUUAGUAAUACUAUUCAGUUAUGCUUCCUUUGGGUGAGAAUAAGUAAAAACUGGUAAUAAGAAGAUAUUUGUUAGGUAUUAGGUUUGGAAGGUUGUUUUUGGUGAAUGUGACUUUACAGACUUGCAUGAAGAGAACAGUGGUGGAACUAGUGAGCAAGCAAAUGCCCUCCAUGAGCCGAUAAUAAUCAAGUGAGAAACAAUCAAUUCAUGUUCAUCAGUCAUCUUCUCUAUGUGUUUAGAACGAAGGCUGGCUUACAUUUGGGGGAAAAAUACAAAGGAUCUUUAUCCUUCUUUGCAAACCAUACAGGGAUUCUUAGAUGUAAAUUAAUUUAUUUUUUAAAUCAGAGGAACGUAGCUACUUGAUUAUAUAAAAAACCUAAAGUGUUUUGGUGACAUGCCUUUUCAGUAAGUGUUUGGUCCAAACCUUUUAUCUUCUUAAAUGGGAAGAAAAGCAGAAGUAGUAAAAUUCAAUAGGCUUAAAACAAUAUAUAAAUAUAUUUUAUUUCUAAGAAAAAUUAGGCUGUCAAAACAAUAUACAGUGAUUUUUUAACAGACUUGGGAAAACAAUAGGAAAAUAUUAGUUGGGAAUCCCAUAUGGAGGAUUUAAAGACUUGUCUUUGUACUUUGAGGCCUGACUUUUAGAGGUGGAAACACAUUGCUUUCAUUUCAAAAGAUGAAGUUUUGUGGAAUUUUAGUCUUUGAAUUAGUCAGUAUUUGGUUUAUGUUAAGUAAAAAGUCAAUAUCGUGGGGAAGAUUUGACCAGUAGUUUAAGUCUCCUGAAGUGAAAAAUGGGAGUAAACAUUUUGCUGCAUUUUGAAAAAUCUGCUUAAGGACAUCCUUCUGAUAGAUCUCUGGUGUCAGAACAGCAGUCAAUCUUAAGUAGGUCUUUAGACUCACUAUCAGACUUUGAUCUGAAGCAGAGGUUUUGUUUGCCCACUUCUGGGUUUAAGGAGUAAAAACUACAUGAGGACACCAUGUGUGCUCCUAUUAGAAAUGCAUUUCCUGGGCAGAGGAUGGGCACUGUUUAGAAUAGGUUACCCCUGUUCUGGAAGCACUCAACUUUACCAGCAAAUGAAGUCACUCAGGACAUCUGGCUGGCACAGGCUCGUGCCAUACUUCAAGACAGCUUAGAUUAGUUACUUCUUAUUCUUUAACAUGAAGAAAACCAGCUGGUAUUUUAAGUUAUUACCAGAUAGUAUUUUUAUGUUUUUCACCAUCUGAACAAAGAACAUUAACUGGCUCAUGCCUGUAAUCCUAGCUACUCAGGAGGCAGACAUUAGCAGGAUCAAGGUUUGAAGUCAGCCCAGACAAA